GUCAAUUGUGGCUAGAAUGGAAAUAUGGCUGUAAAGUAACCAAUGACCCUUUGUUUCAAUCGCAAUGUUUUCGAAUGAAAAGUACAAUAAAAAUAGUUGAAGGGCAAGAAAUUAGUACAAAUUUAGAAUAGAAGAAUGUGUGUGAUAUGAAAAUUUGAAGUGUUUUGGUUUUGAUGGUGUGGUGUGAAUCAACGAGGGAUACUCGAAGCAAGAGGGGUGAAAUUUCGUGAAUCGGAGAGUGGUGAAAAUCAAGUCAAGUGGCGUGUUGCAUCGAAGAAGCAAUAAUUGCAUUGGCCGGUGAAUGGAUUUGUGGCCACGGUACUUUUACGGAUACGGGUGCUCGGGCUCGCUCUAAUGGUUGGCCAUCAACCUCUUGGAGAGUUAACAUUGCCCUAGAGAUGUCUAGUGCUGUUGUGGUAAAUUCUGUGAAAAUGCCGAUGUCUAAAACACAGUUAUUUCCUAUAUCAUCACAUUCUUAUAUUCAAGAAGGCGGUGGAGGAAGUUUACCACCUUUAAACAAAGGUUCACUUAAAGAACAGAGCCCUCCUGCUGCCUCCACAGCUUCUUCAGCAAAUUCCGCUGGUCUUCCAGAGCUAUCAGUUGGGGGCACUUGUGUUCUCCAGUGUAUGCAGUCCCAUCUAACAAGAGGUGUUUCUUUAUCCCAAGUCAAGACUUCAACUAAUCCAGUUACAACAACAGAAUGCAAACCUAAAACAAUGGUCGCAACGCCAGAACAGGUUAUGAAAUUGUACAUAAAUAAACUAACACCUUAUGAACAUCAUGAGAUAUUCAACUAUCCUCAAGUAUAUUUUAUUGGUGCCAAUGCAAAGAAAAGGCCUGGUAUUAUUGGCAAUCCAAAUAACUGUGAUUAUGACAAUGAUCAAGGCUCCUAUAUACACAUUCCCCAUGACCAUGUAGCCUAUAGAUAUGAGGUUCUUAAAGUGAUAGGCAAAGGCUCUUUUGGACAGGUGGUUAAGGCUUAUGAUCAUAAAAAUCAUAUGCAUGUGGCACUAAAGAUGGUGAGAAAUGAAAAAAGAUUUCAUAGACAAGCACAAGAAGAAGUCCGUAUUUUAGAACAUUUGAGGAAACAAGAUAAAGAUAACACUAUGAAUAUUAUACACAUGUUAGAUUCAUUCACGUUCAGAAAUCACAUGUGCAUUACAUUUGAACUACUUUCUAUCAAUCUUUAUGAACUUAUCAAAAAGAACAAAUUUCAAGGUUUUAGUUUGCAGCUUGUUAGAAAAUUUAGCCAUUCAUUACUUCAAUGUUUGGAUGCUCUUAAUAGGAAUAAAAUCAUCCAUUGCGAUAUGAAACCAGAAAAUGUAUUACUUAAACAACAGGGCAGAAGUGGUCUCAAGGUGAUCGAUUUUGGUUCUUCAUGUUACGAGCAAAAUCGAGUGUACACGUACAUUCAGUCGAGAUUUUACCGGGCUCCAGAGGUAAUUUUAGGAGCACGGUAUGGUAUGCCAAUUGAUAUGUGGUCACUGGGUUGCAUUUUAGCCGAACUUUUGACCGGUUUUCCUCUCCUGCCAGGAGAAGAUGAAGCUGAUCAACUAGCUUGUAUAAUGGAACUUCUAGGCUUGCCUCCACAGAGAUUAUUAGAUCAAUCAAAACGUGCAAAAAACUUUAUUAGUUCCAAGGGUAUUCCUCGAUAUUGUACAUGUUCGACACUACCAGAUGGUACAGUUAUUUUAAGUGGUGGAUUAAGUAGGAGAGGUAAACCUAGGGGUCCACCAGGUUCAAAAGACUUGAAACGAGCGUUAAAAGGAUGCGAUGACCCUUUGUUUCUCGAUUUUAUACAACGAUGUUUAGAAUGGGAUCCAGACCUUAGGAUGACACCCAGUGCUGCGCUGAGACAUGGUUGGCUUAGAAGAAGACUACCGAGACCCCCAAAUGAAAAGGAACAGAACAGUGCGGGGGUUGUUAGAUCAACACCUACAGGACCUAGAACCCCUAAAUCGACUGGUAUUUUUUCAAAUAAUCGUGUUCAACUUAAUGAUGACAGAUCGUCAACUCUACAUUCGGGCAAAUUACCACCAGUCACGUAGCCAAACGUCAUCCUUCCUUAGUUCUCUCAUCCAGGUUAGAAAUUAAAUUUAGGUUUAUAUCGAAGUAUAUAUUUUACUUAAGUUAUUCCAACUGACUAAAUGCUGAAUUAAUUACUAUUUUUUUUUAGAUAAUUGUUUGUCCAACUUUAUAAUUUUUUGCAUUUCUUCAUACACUGAUGCAUAUUUUUUUUCAAAGCCAAUUGUAUGUAUUUCAAAAAAUUAAUAUUUCUAAUUAGCUUAUGUAACAAAAAAUUUUAAUGAUUACUAAAACCUAUGACCUACAGGAUUAAUUGUAACUGAAUUUUUUAUUACAUUUAAUUUAAGAUACUCAAGUAUUGAGACAAGUAAAACAUUAAAUCUAACAAAUAAUAUAUAAUUUCUAGGUUUUGGAUGUAAUACUUUUUCAUUUUAUUUACAAUCAAGUCUGUAUCAUUCGUUUGAUAAAAUGUGGUAGGAUAACUAAAAUUUUUAUAAGAGGGUUUGUUCGGCUGAGUCCUGAUAUAGAAAUUGCUCCUUUGCAGUGCUGGGUGUUGAGUCUCAGAGGUACCUCUUCAUAUAUCAAAGUUGAUAAUAAUUGCACUCUUAUUUUACAUGUAGACCAUCAGCUCUCUAUAACCUCUAAUGAUUUCCAUUAUUCAUUCAUUCAUAUUUCUGCAACAUAGCUUUUGCAUAAAGGAUUCAUAUAAUGUUAUCUACCCAUUAUUUCCAUUAUUAUGUGGAGAUUCCACUAUUUUGAAAUAUCUUAUUAUUUCAUCAACAGUUUAUAUAUGUGAAAGUUCAAGGACUUAACUAAAUUACUUUUUUAUAACAAAUUGAAUCCUAUAUACAGUACAAUAAUUAAAAUAUGUACAUAAACUUAUAUUACUGCUAUAAUAAUAAAUUAAAAUUUUUUCUUUUAAUCAGCAUUGAAUAAUUCUAUCAUAUUUUUUUUUGUUAAUGUUUUUACUACCUUUUUCUAUCUCACACUUUCUACAGUAUUGCUCAAAUUUUUAACUGUAAAAUUUAUUUAAUGGCACAAAUUAAAAAUGUGUGUGCUGUAACUGACUAUUUUUAAACUAUAUAAAUUGCAUUUUUGAAUCCUAUUGUGCUUAAUUCUAUUGGUAUUUUCUCUCUCUCUCUUUUAUAUAUAUAUAUAUAUAUAUAUAUAUAUAUAUAUAUAUAUAUAUAUAUAUAUAAUGCAGAAAAACUUGGAAACCGAAGAUGUCUCUCAAGUUAUAUAUUGCUCAAUUAAAAUGGGGUUUUGGAUUCUCCACACUCUAUUCACCUAUACAUAAGUUGAAUUGAUCAAUCUCAUAAUGGAAUUGAAACUUUCUAUGAACAUUCACCAAGCUUAUGAAAUGGCAUUCAUUUUACUGUCUAAUUGAGUAUAUCGAAAAAAAUAUCCAUAAUAAAACAUAAAUUUUAAAUACUCUAAUUUUUCUUGACCUUGUGGUUAUGUUUUUACAGCUUGGUUGAUUUGAAACUCCUUAGAUCUUUUCCCAGUUUUUAGAAUCAGUUGAGAUAAUUUGAAUUAAUUUAAAAUUACAUCUAUUUUCAUUUCUUAGCAUUUUCAUUUUAUUUUUGAUGUAAUUAGUUGAAACUCGAAUCCAAACCUGGCUACCCCGUGGUAUGAAAGUUUUUAUUCGUCUUCCUUUAGUGAUCUUUAAUAUAAUGUUUUAUUGUCUCAAAUCAUAUUUAUCGAUAACAGCAAUAUGGACAAAAAAUACAGUUAACAAUAUGCUUAGUGGUUUUGAAAUAUGACUGAACCAUUGUUUUGAAAAAUAAUUGCAUCAUGUUUAAAAGAAAUCGAGUCAGUUGGUAGAAGUUAUUGUGUAUACAUUACUUAGCUUGUAAUGCGUGUUUUGGAUAAGCCCUUAGGCCUCGGUCCGUCUAUCCUUCGGAUAAAUAUUCGUACUUUUAGAAUAUUGUGAUUUGAUUUUCAUUUUUAAUUUGUUUCUCAAUGAUUUCUUUCAUGCUAAUGACGUGCAAUAAUCCGAUUUUAAACAGAAAUUGAUUAUUCUGCUAACAUGUUUUUGUUGAAUAUAUUUAUGAUAUCCCCUAAUGGGUCAUACUUCAAAAACCAGAAUACAUACAUUUAAAAAAUAUUAAAACUGAACUCGGAUACAACUCUAGUUUGUACAGUAUUUCUGUCCUUGAAUAAUUAAUAUAAUUUCUAUUAAUAAAUGUUCAGAGCUAAGUAUAUUGCCAAUAUUGUUAAAUAUUUUAAUCUCUUGGUGGCAAAUAAAAAUAAUUCUUUGAAUAUAUAUAAAUUGCAACUUUUAGAUGCAAUUUAAAUUUUGACAAUAUUCUCUUUGAAUUCAAAUUAACGACGUUUUCGAAUUUUGGUUUUCUCAGAACUGGCAUUGUUGGGCAUAAUUUGUCUCAUUAAUGACAUAAUUAAUAAUUUCAUUUUACCUUUUAUUAACAAAGUGCAUUUCCAACUUUUACAAUUUUGAUAUGUGAUAAAAAUAAAUUAUAUAUAAUAAACAUA